CAUACACACAAACAUACACGCGCGCGCUCGCGCACACACAAACACGCACACACUCGUGCCCCUGCUCCGGGCCGGAGCUUCGCCCCCCGCCCUCCCUUCCCCUCCCCCUCGCCCUCGCCCUCGCCCUCCCCUGCCGGCCCCUAGCAGUGUGCGGGAGCCAGGCUGGUUUCCGUCCUCCCGGAGGUCUCGGAGACCCUGCCUGCUCUCCCCUUCCCUCCCCUCCGACAGGCUCGGGCCAUGGGCUUGGGGAGCGUCUCUGGAUUCUGCCUGCUCCUCGUCCUUGUCUACGGCCGCGCCUCUCAGCAAAGUAAAGCCAGCCAAGAUGUGGAUGAAUGUGUGGAAGGGACUGACAACUGCCACAUCGAUGCCAUUUGCCAGAACACUCCCCGUUCCUAUAAGUGCAUCUGCAAGUCUGGCUAUAGUGGAGAUGGCAAACACUGCAAAGAUGUAGAUGAAUGUGAGCGGGAUGACAAUGCUGGCUGUGUACAUGAAUGUGUUAACAUCCCUGGUAACUAUCGAUGCACCUGCUAUGAUGGCUUCCAUUUGGCACAUGAUGGACAUAACUGUCUGGAUCUGGACGAAUGUGCUGAGGGCAAUGGGGGCUGCCAGCAGAGCUGUGUCAAUAUGAUGGGGAGCUACGAGUGCCUCUGUCGAGAUGGUUUCUUCCUCAGUGACAACCAGCACACCUGUAUCCAGAGGCCCGAAGAAGGAAUGAACUGCAUGAACAAGAACCAUGGCUGCGCCCAUAUCUGCCGUGAAACACCCAAGGGGGGUAUUGCCUGUGAAUGCCGCCCAGGUUUUGAGCUUACCAAGAACCAGAGGGACUGCAAACUGACGUGUAACUACGGCAAUGGCGGCUGCCAGCACACGUGUGAUGACACAGAGCAAGGGCCCAAGUGUGGCUGCCACGUCAAGUUUGUGCUACACACUGAUGGGAAGACAUGCAUUGGGGAAAGGCGGCUAGAGCAGCACAUCCCCCCCCAGGCUGUUUCUAAUGAGACAUGUGCUGUCAACAAUGGUGGAUGUGACAGCAAGUGCCAUGAUGCGGCUACUGGCGUCCACUGCAGCUGCCCUGUGGGCUUCAUGCUACAGCCUGACAGAAAGACCUGCAAAGACAUAGAUGAGUGCCGUCUGAACAAUGGGGGCUGUGACCACAUUUGUAGAAACACAGUUGGCAGCUUUGAAUGCAGCUGCAAGAAAGGCUACAAGCUACUCAUCAAUGAGAGGAGCUGCCAGGAUAUUGAUGAGUGCUCCUUCGAUCGAACCUGUGACCACAUCUGUGUCAACACCCCAGGAAGCUUCCAGUGUUUCUGUCACCGAGGCUACCUGCUCUACGGGCUCACCCACUGUGGGGAUGUGGAUGAAUGCAGCGUUCACCGAGGAGGCUGCCGUUUUGGCUGCAUCAACACCCCCGGGAGCUACCAGUGCACCUGCCCCACAGGCCAGGGACGCCUGCACUGGAAUGGCAAGGACUGCACAGAGUUGGUGAAGUGCCAGGGCAGCCCCGGGGCCCCUCGGGCCAUGCUCAGCUGUAGCAGGUCGGGCAAGAAGGACACCUGUGCUCUGACCUGCCCCUCCCGGGCUCGCUUCCUGCCAGAAUCGGAGAACGGCUUCAUGGUGAGCUGUGGCACUCCCAGCCUCCGCUCCUCCCAGUCCAGGAUUGGCAACCACACCAGUGCCCACCACUGCCUUGAAACAGCUGCACUAUCCGUCAAACAACGGGCUUCCUUCAAGAUUAAAGAUGCCAAGUGUCGGCUGCACCUUCGGAACAAGGGCAAGCUGGAGGAGGCAGGCAAAGUCGCAGCAUCAGGUGGGACUCCCUGUUCUGACUGCCACGUCACCUUUAUCCACCUCAAAUGUGAUUCGUCCCGUAAGGGGAAAGGCCGCCGUGCCCGGACUCCUCCUGGAAAGGAAGUCACCCGUCUUACCCUGGAACUAGAGGCUGAAGUCAAAGCUGAAGAAACCACAGCAAGCUGUGGGCUGCCUUGCCUCCGGCAGAGGAUGGAACGGCGACUGAAGGGGUCACUGAAGAUGCUAAAAAAGUCCAUCAAUCAGGACCGCUUCCUGCUGCGCCUGGCAGGCCUGGAUUAUGAGCUGGCUCACAAGGCCGGCUCGGCUGGGGAGCGGGCGGAGCAGGCAGAGACCUGUGUGCCUGGGCAGCAUCGCUCCGGGGUCAAGUGUGUCAGCUGCCCGCAGGGAACGUAUUACCACGGCCAGACGGAGCAGUGUGUGCCAUGCCCACCAGGCACCUUCCAGGAGAGGGAAGGGCAGCUCUCCUGCGACCUGUGCCCUGGGAGUGAUGCCCAUGGGCCCCUCGGAGCCACCAACAUCACCACAUGUGCAGGUCAGUGCCCACCAGGUCAGUUCUCAGCCGAUGGGUUCAAACCCUGCCAGCAAUGCCCACGUGGCACCUACCAGCCUGAGUCAGGACGAACACUGUGCUUCCCCUGUGGUGGGGGCCUCACCACCAAGCAUGAAGGGGCUGUCUCCUUCCAAGACUGUGACACCAAAGUCCAAUGCUCCCCUGGUCACUACUAUAACACCAGCAUCCAUCGCUGUAUCCGCUGCGCCCUGGGUUCCUAUCAGCCUGAAUUUCGCCAGAACUUCUGUACCCGAUGCCCAGGAAACACAAGCACUGACUUUGAUGGCUCCACUAGCGUGACCCAGUGUAAAAAUCGCCAGUGUGGUGGGGAGAUAGGUGAGUUUACCGGAUAUAUCGAAUCUCCCAACUACCCUGGCAACUACCCAGCAGGAGUUGAGUGCACCUGGAACAUCAACCCACCACCUAAACGAAAGAUCCUCAUUGUAGUGCCAGAGAUCUUCCUGCCCUCUGAGGAUGAGUGCGGAGAUGUCCUUGUCAUGCGCAAGAACUCCUCUCCAUCCUCAAUCACCACCUAUGAGACGUGCCAGACCUAUGAACGGCCCAUCGCCUUCACCGCUCGCUCCCGAAAGCUCUGGAUUAACUUCAAAACCAGUGAAGCCAACAGUGCCAGGGGCUUCCAGAUACCCUAUGUCACCUAUGAUGAGGACUAUGAGCAAUUAGUAGAGGACAUUGUGCGAGAUGGUCGGCUCUAUGCCUCUGAAAACCACCAAGAGAUUCUGAAGGAUAAGAAGCUCAUCAAGGCCUUCUUUGAAGUGCUAGCCCACCCACAGAACUAUUUCAAGUACACAGAGAAGCACAAGGAGAUGUUGCCUCGAUCCUUCAUUAAGCUGCUACGGUCCAAAGUUUCCAGCUUCCUUCGACCUUACAAAUAGCCCUCCCCAGUCCCA